AGUGAGCGAUAGCCGUAGUUAUCGGCGCAGCACUGCUAUAGAUAAAUCGAGAGGUUGAUGGUAUAGAGGGAGCCAGUCGGUGAUAAUCAACGCGACGCUUGUAAUCGAAGUCGCGCUGUUGGCCGAUUGCAGCGUCUAUCGUCCCGACUUCGGUUUAGUUGAGACAUUGCGGGAAUCGUGCCGUGGAUACGGAGCCUUUGCAAGUGGAGUAACUAGCGGUUGCGCGAGCGCCCCGGAGACGUGGCGCCGCCAUUUUGCUUGGCAACAACAGUAGUAAUUUCAGCGUCGACGGGCGAUUCGCACAAGCGAAAGCGCGAUUGCCGUCACCUUUAUCCUCGUCUUUGUCGUCGACGUCCAGCCGCGUCUUUAAGCUGGCCGUCGACGAUACGACCGACACAGCACCGAUAUUAACAGCCAAGAACGGAGGUUCAGCACACUGGUGACGAUAGUAAGGGCUGGGGUUUGGAGCGUCGUCGCCAGGGGGAGCCGCAACGUUGUCGUUAACGCGCAGCUAAAGCGAUCAACGAGCGUAGCCGCUGGCCGAUAGGGGCGUCAUCGACUCCUGUCCCGAUAAUCGUUGUUCCUAGCGUAACAUUUCCAGAGCCGACGAUAUGAGGCUAGAAAUCGUGUCCGCGGCUGAUUUUUUGGUGCAGUUACUGCGCCUGCAGGCCGGCCAAUUAUCGGAGAGCCAACUGCAGAUGUUCAAGAGCUCGCUUACGGAAUUGUUGAGGCGUCGCUAUCGUGACCACUGGUUCCCGGAUAAGCCCAAUCGUGGCAGCGGUUACCGCUGCAUACGUAUAAACGGCAAGAUGGAUCCAGUGAUCGCACAAGCGGGCAUGAACGUUGGCCUGGUGCCGACCGUACUCCACAGUCUAUUUCCCAGCGAGCUCACCAUGUGGAUCGACCCGGCCGAAGUAUCCUACAGGAUCGGCGAGAAUGGCUCCAUUUGCGUUCUCUUUGAGGGUACUGGUCAACAAGUUCCAUCAUCCAACUCGACUUCUUCCUCGCCAUCUUGUUCCGAGGGACUGGACGAUCACCAUCAGCACCAUCACCAUCACCACCACCAUCAUCACCAUCACCACCAUCUUCAACAGCAACAGCAGCACCAACAUGUGCAACCUCAUCCUCAGCAUCACCACCAUCAUCAUCAGCAGCAGCAACAACAACAACAGCAGCAGCAACAAUUUGAAAGCUGCAAGGACUCAUUGUUACUUGAACAUACACAAUUCAGUGAGCAAAUAGCUGCCUUCGUAUCCAGUUGAACGGGUCGCAGGAUGGCUGCUGUUGGAAGAUGAUGAGGCGAGUCGGAAGCGAGAAACGAGCUACUACUAAACAUAAAAGGGAUGAUAGGGAGUGAGAGCGUGAGGAAGAGUAAGCGAAUGAGAGAUAAACAAAUUGAGAGAUGAUGAGGGCGAGAAAGAGAGGGAGAGAUUGAGAAGCGCAGCACCAACAUCCGUCACCAGCGUUACUUUUACUUAUAUUUUCUUUUAUUUAAUUCUAUGAAGUGCGGUUCUGACCAUGAGUUCUCGCCAUUAAUCAUUUAUAUUCUAUUAUAUUUGUUCAUCAAUAUAAUUUUUUGCCGAUUUUAUUACAACAGUCACCAACGCACUAGUAAAUGUUAACAGAAGAAAGAAAAAACAAGUAAAAUACAUUGCUGCCAACAAAGAUGGCAUUCAAUAUUUGAUCAUUUUUAAAAAAUUUCACGAUAAUUGUUAACGUUAACGAUACGAUUUUCUGAGUGUGGCGAGAAUUCUUUGAAGUGCACGAGGAAGAACAAUAAGUUUAAUUGUGUAUACUGUAAUCGCAAGAAAUAUGGUCACGUAAGUGGACAUUGAAGGAAAUGAAGAAAGCUAAAAAGAGAAAGAAGGAAAGGGAUAUGAAAAUAAGGAUGAAGAAGAAUGGAUCCCGAUUUUCUGCCGGAGCGUCGUAUGCGUCGAUAUACAGGGAUUCAACGCCACUAAGCUCGUCCUCGGUUUUUGCUCCAAAAGGUGAUUUACAUGAUGAUCUCAUAAGAAGAUGACCAAGCAAUCUGGUCGUUUCUGCAGUUGUUUCAUGUUUCUUUGUCAAAGGAAAACUAAUCAAUGCUUACCGCCUUUUUGUACGGGAAGCUGAAGACAAUGCUGAUGAAGAGGAGAGACGACGAAAUGUCGUUGGAUUCGUCCAUCGUUAUAAUGUCGACUAUGACGCUGUCAUCGAUCCACACGUAAAUGAAACGAAACACUGUACACUUCCAAUUUACACAUGCACACAUGCUCAUGCCAUUCUUUCUACAUGAUCAUUCACACGUAUACAUGUUUUCAAACGUUGUAUUUUAUCUGCGCGCUUACUGUAUCAUCUAUACAUAAGACACGUUGUCACCGAGCGUUGAUGUUUGUAAGAAAAAUUAGAAAAAGAAAAUAAAAAAAAAACUAAUUGGCGUAAGCGCCGCGCGCGACUUUCAUAGUACUUUCGGGCAUGCAGUUUGCUAUUUAAAAUGUAUUUUCAAUUGACAUUUGCAUAAGUUAUGAUUAUCAGUAAACAAUAAUGAUAAUAGUAAUAAAA